AUGAAAGAAGAAAAAAGGAACAGUUUAUACGAGCAGAUUGCAAGCAUAGGAGCCAUGCAGGGCCCGCUUGAAGGGCCGCAGCCCAUUGCUCUGUUUGGGUUUAUCAAAAGCGUCAGGCUGGCUGGCAAGAAGAAAAUGUUUAUUGUUCUGCGCCAAGGCCUUGAGACCAUCCAAUGUGUGUGCAACACCACGCCGGAGGAAAACACAAAAUACUCGCAGGAGUCAUACGUGAAGGUCGAGGGCUCUCUGGUGAGCACGCGAGCCCCAGUGCACUCGUGCACGGUCAAGCACAUUGAGGUCCAGGCAGAGCGCGUCGAGGUUGUUUCCGAGUCAAAAGAGCUUCCCAUCCAAAUAAAAGAUUUGGAGUGGACGCACGCGGAAAGACAAGAGAACGCACAGCUUCCCAUUGUGAACCAGUCGAAGAGGCUAGACGUCAGGUACAUCGACAUCCGCUCCUGCGAGACGCAGAGCAUUUUUCGCGUGUACUCUGGAAUACUCAGCUUUUUUAGAGAGUACUUGGAAAAGAGUGGCUUCAUAGAAAUAAAAACCCCGAAAAUCCUGAAAGGGUCUUCGGAGGGCGGCGCUGAGGUGUUCCCAGUGAGCUAUUUUGGGCAGACGGCCACGCUGGCGCAGUCCCCGCAGCUGUACAAGCAGAUGGCAGUGAUUGGGGGCCUCGAAAGGGUCUUUGAGGUGGGGCCGUGCUUCCGGGCCGAGAACUCGAACACCGGGCGGCAUUUGACAGAGUUCACAGGAGUGGACCUGGAGAUGGAGCUGAAGGGGAUGGCGUACACAGACCUGGUGAAGCUCAUAUACCAAAUGGUGAGGCAUGUUGCAAACCGCGUGCAGGAAAAGCACGCGAGGGAGCUGGGCAUACUGAAGGCUAUGUCUGGCGUGGACCCUGCGACUGUAAUACGCGAGGAGCCCGUGAUACUGACGUUCAGGGAGGGAAUUGACAUGCUCCGCGCCAUAGGAAGAGAGGCGUCCUACACCGAGGACAUAGGAACCGAGGACGAAAAGGCGCUUGGGCAGGAGGUAAAAAAAAAGUAUGGAAGCGACCUUUUUGCCAUGGUCGAGUACCCGGAAAGCGCAAGGCCCUUCUACACGUCUCUGCUGCCCUCCGACCGCAGCUACACGCAGUCCUUUGACUUUAUUUUAAAGGGAGAGGAAAUAAGCUCGGGCGCGGAGAGAAUCCACCAGGCGGAGGUCCUAAAGGAGAGAGUCUUGGCAAAGGGAAUGGCGCUUGAGGGAGUGAGCGACUACAUAGAGUCCUUCCUGUAUGGAGCCCCCAGGCACGGAGGGUGCGGAAUAGGCCUUGAGCGGGUUGUGAAGCUUCUCACAGGGUGCACAGACAUUCACAAGUGCUCCAUGUUCCCCCGUGACCCAAAGAGGCUGCAGCCGUAA